CUGGGGGAAGGCGGAAGCUGCUCAGCCCCACACCGGGGCCCUACAGCGGAGCCUCCAACCCUCCCCUUUCCAGAGGUUGGGAGCCACAGUGCACCAAAGAUCCGGACGAUCCGGGGGCCCCCUCGCUGGCAGCAGCAGGCAGGGCUGGCAAGGCCCUAGCCCAAGACAGCUUCCCAGCGUGCAGGAGGAACCUGUGUGUGCUUCCCAUGGAGAUCCGACGCGCUUUACCCCAGGAUAUCCGGGAGCUGCUGCACUGCUUGAAGAUGAGGAGCAAGUACGCCGUCCUGCUGGUCUUCGUCAUCAGCCUCGUCAUCAUCGAGAAGGAGAACAACUUCAUCUCCAGGGUGUCGGACAAGCUGAAGCAGUCCCCGCAGGCACUGGCAGAAGCCAACAGCACCGAGGUCAGCCCAGCAGCGGCCAAGAACGGCUCGCUGGCCUCGCUGCAGGAGCUGGACGCCGCCUUCUCCCAGCUGAGGUCGCAGCUGUACAACAUCACCCUGCAGCUGGCAGGUGACGGGGACCCCGGGCCACGGCGGCACGUCCUGCUGAUGGCCACCACCCGCACUGGCUCCUCCUUUGUCGGGGAGUUCUUCAACCAGCAGGGCAGCAUCUUCUACCUCUUCGAGCCCCUCUGGCACGUCGAGAAGACGGUGACCUUCCUGCCGGGAGGAGCCAGCGCGGUGGGCUCAGCCUUGGUUUACCGAGAUGUCCUCAAGCAGCUCCUCCUCUGCGACCUCUACAUCUUGGAGAACUUCAUCUCACCGGUGCCCGAGGAUCACCUGACGCCCUUCUUGUUCCGACGGGGCUCCAGCCACUCGCUGUGCGAGGAGCCCGUCUGCACGCCCAGCACCAAGAAGGUCUUUGAGAAGUACUACUGCAAGAACCGCCGCUGCGGCCCCCUCAACAUCACGCUGGCGGCCGAGGCAUGCCGGCGCAAGCAGCACGUGGCCCUGAAGACGGUGCGCAUCCGGCAGCUGGAGUUCCUGCAGCCGCUGGUGGAGGACCCUCGGCUGGACCUGCGCAUCAUCCAGCUGGUGCGGGACCCCCGCGCCGUCCUGGCCUCACGCAUGGUGGCCUUCUCCGGCAAGUACGAGACCUGGAAGAAGUGGGCGUCCGAAGGGGAGGCUCCCCUGCGCGAGGAGGAGGUGCAGCGGCUGCGGGGCAACUGCGAGAGCAUCCGCGUGUCGGCGGAGCUGGGGCUGCGGCGGCCGGGCUGGCUGCGGGGCCGCUACAUGCUGGUGCGCUACGAGGACGUGGCGCGGGCGCCGCUGCAGAAGGCCCGGGAGAUGUUCCGCUUCGCCGGGCUGCCCCUCACCCCGCAGGUGGAGGAGUGGAUCGGCAAAAACACUCAGGCUCCCCACGACGGCAACGGCGUCUACUCCACGUGCAAGAACUCCUCGGAGCAGUUCGACAAGUGGAGGUUCAGCAUGCCCUUCAAGCUGGCGCAGGUGGUGCAGGACGCCUGCGCCCCAGCCAUGCAGCUCUUUGGCUACAAGCUGGCCAGCAGCCCCGUGGCGCUGGCAAACCGCUCCUUCAGCCUGCUGGAGGAGGCACAGCCCGCCUGGGUCACGUAGAGGCACCCAGUGGAGAUGGCAGCGGGGCGGAACGAGGGGCUGUGGCCGUGCUCCCGGCCGGUCCGGAGGCGACCUGAGGGUCCCUGCUCCCGAAAAUGCUCCUCGCUGCUGCCAGAUGGCAGCCCCAGGAGCCGGAGCAUCCUGGCAGAGCUGGCCCCAGGGUCCUGCAGAGCCUGAAUUUCACAAUUUCUCCGGGAAUGGGGAAAUGGUAAGGGUGAGGGGCGGUGGGGUCGGCAGCAGGGCCGCCUCCCCAGCUCGGGAGCUGCACUGAGGAAGGGGAGGGUGAUGGCAAGCAGAGGGGGACAGGACCAAGCACCUCUGCCUUGCCACCCCCCAUGCCAGCUGGGAUGGGGCAAGGACAAUAUCCCUGUGGUGCCAGCAAGCACCCAGACCCCAGAGACCUUCUUGGUUUAGUGCCUUCAUACACCAGCACAGACUGGAAACUGCCCACAGAGCCCUGGAUGGCAUUUGGGCUACAACAAAAUGAGGUGACUAUGGUUUGGUGCUCUUCAAACUUGGUUUUGGAGGUUUGGGUUUAUUUCUUUUUUUUUUUUUUUUCCUGCGUAUUUGCAUACCAGGUGGAUUUAUUUAUUUAUUAUGUGAAAAGGGUGGGGAAGCUGGUCAAGGAGCUAAGCCCAAAAAUCAGCACAAAGGGAGACACCCAGAACAGAGGUCACAUUUCAGCUGGAGACCACCACGUGUCCUCCUGUAUGAUCUUGGGAGAGCCCCCAGGGACUGACGGGGCUUUAAUCCUCCCCAGCCGCCGUGCGGCAGCGGCUGCGAACUUGGCAGUGCUGAAAGACUUAUCUGAUUAAACACAAAACCACCAGCACAGGGUCCAAAGCAUCUCCUGUCCCCUUAGUACUGGUGGGUGUCCCCUGUCCCGGGGGGAGCCCCAGAAAUACGUGCUAACAGCACUGGUGGGUGGCCAAACCUGGCAGAGGCCCGGGGAGUUUCAGGGUGUUUGCCAUGUGCAGGUGUUGACCCAGUGCUGAGCUGCCCCCUCCAAUUCACAUUUCAUUAAUUAAAAUGCCUAUUUUUAGCCCUCUUUGUAGCUCAUUCUUUUUUCUGCCCGGGGUAUUUUGGGCUAUAGCAGCCACCCGAGGGAGAAGUCAAGCGUUUUGGUGCAGGGUGGUUGUCUCCACCUCAGGCUCGCCGAGGAGCCCAGAGGGGGUCCCAGAAGCCGCACGUCCCCUUGUCCGCAGCUAGAGCUGUUGGCCAUAAGCAAAAAUAAAUCAGUGAAGCGAGGCGGCAGCUGGCCACAGCUGGGCUGUGCUUUGCCGGGAGGAACGCGCUGGGGCUCCGGCGAAGGGCUGCGGCUGGGCUGAGCUCACAAAAGCUGCGUUUUUGACCCAAGAGGGAGAACAGAGGCGGCAUUGAGGAGCGCGGGGCCGGCCGGCGGGGAGCAGCCACACCGGAGCCCCGGGCAGCAUCCGCCCGCCCGGCCCGGCUGCCGAGGCUUUCCGAGCCCGGCAUCUGCCUUCAAGGUGCGAUUUCAGGAUGCCCGAUGCCAGCUGGAUGGGGAAAAGGGCACCAAAGUGGGGGUUUUCUUGGCAUACCCUCAUCGCUCGCAGGCGGUGGAGAGCGUCAGCCUCCUCCCCGCUUCACAAGCAGCUCCCGGCAUCACAAGCAGCCCUGGGGCUGCUGAGUGAAUCGGGUUUUGUUUGGAGGCUUCCUGCUGGGAAAGCAGCAGGGUCACUGAGGUCAGGUGGAUAUUCCGCAGCUGCGCGCUGGGAAAAGCCCGCAGAGCUCAGUCGGCAUGAGGGGGAACGCAGUCGGACGCAGGGUCCUGGUAAAUGCUUCUGGAAAAGCACCAUUAGG